GCACACCCACACCAACCCGCCUGGCAGCUGUAUUCCUCGGCUGUGAUUGGGCAGAGGGGCGGCGAUUCCUUCUGUCACGAUUUGGGUCGCUCCCACCGGAGGACAGCGACCGUCCGAGGCCAGCCUUCACCGACGGCGAGCCGGGGAGACGGUGCGUGCACGCCGGGAGGAGAGCGCGUCUUCUUCUCAGGGGCCGGGCUGACAAGUCGGCGUUCGCCCUCCUGUCGGUGAGGAGGAGAGGAGAAGGAGAGGUGGAGGAGGGGGGGGGGCUUCAUCAGUGCUGGGGAAACCAUCCAUCCAGCCGCCUUUUUCUCUGACCGGGGCUGCGGUAGAAGUCGUCCACAAUGCCGGUGUUCCACACCAAGACCAUCGAGAGCAUCCUGGAGCCGGUGGCCCAGCAGAUCUCGCACCUUGUCAUCAUGCACGAGGAGGGCGAGGUGGACGGGAAAGCCAUCCCGGAUCUGACGGUGCCGGUGGCCGCGGUGCAGGCGGCGGUCAGCAACCUGGUGCGGGUGGGGAAGGAAACGGUUCAAACCACCGAGGAUCAGGUGAUGAAAAGAGACAUGCCUCCUGCAUUCAUUAAGGUGGAGAACUCAAGCUCGAAGCUGGUUCAGGCGGCUCAGAUGCUGAAAGCAGAUCCAUAUUCUGUUCCUGCACGGGACUAUCUGAUCGAUGGAUCCAGAGGAAUACUGUCUGGAACAUCAGACCUGCUCCUCACCUUUGAUGAGGCCGAGGUGCGUAAGAUAAUCCGUGUGUGCAAAGGUAUUCUGGAGUAUUUGACAGUCGCUGAAGUGGUGGAGACAAUGGAAGACCUCAUCACUUACACCAAAAACCUCGGACCAGGGAUGACAAAAAUGUCAAAGAUGAUUGAGGAGCGGCAGCAGGAGCUGACGCACCAAGAGCACCGACAGAUGCUCGUCAACUCCAUGAAUACCAUCAAAGAGCUGCUGCCUGUCCUCAUCUCAGCUAUAAAGAUUUUUGUGGCAACUAAAAGCAGUCGGGGCGUCGGCGUCGAGGAGGCCGAGAGGAACAGAAGGUUCACCUUUGACAAGAUGAGCGCCGAAAUCAACGAGAUUAUAAGAGUCUUGCAGCUCACCACGUGGGAUGAAGACGCCUGGGCCAAUAAGAAGGACAUGGAGGCUCUGAAGAGAUCUCUGGCUUUGAUUGAGUCAAAGAUGCUGCAGGCUAAAAGCUGGCUCAAAGACCCUCACGGACAGCCAGGAGACCCCGGCGAGAUGGCGCUGCGCGUGAUAUUGGACGAAGCCUGUAAGGUGGGAGAGCUGUGUGCCGGGAAGGAGAGGAAAGACAUCCUGGCAACAACCAAGGCUCUGGGACAAAUGACUGACCAGAUCGCUGACCUGCGGGCCAGGGGCCAGGGCCCGACCCCGGGGUGUGUGCAGCGUGCGGCCCAGUGCUCCCAGGGCUUAGACCUGUUAUUUGGCAAAGUGGACGGUGCUGCGCGCAGACUGGAGGCGCUCAUCAACGCCAAGCAGGCGAUUGCCAGGAGGCUGGAUGCUGCACAGGCCUGGCUUGCUGAUCCUAACGGCGGCCCUGAAGGGGAGGAAAACAUCCGAGCGCUGCUGGCUGAGGCCAAACGCAUCGCCGACCUGUGCGAGGAUCCCAAAGAGAGGGACGACAUCCUGCGCUCCAUAAGUGAGAUCGCAGGACUGACCGCCAGGCUGAUGGAGCUGCGCAGACAGCUCAGACUUCUACCCUAUGCCACCAAUAGGUGGCACAUUUUACCUGCCUGGAAAAUAUGUUGUUGCCUGUCAACCUUGGGCAUCAGUCCGACAAUAAGGGGUAAAGGCGACAGCCCGGAGGCCCGUGCUUUGGCCAAGCAGAUUGGAGCUGCUCUGUUGACGCUGCAGUCGAAAACCAACCGGGCCGUGGCCAACAUGAGACCGGCCAAGCCAGCCGUCACCUUAGAGGGCAAGAUGGAGCAGGCCCUCCGCUGGGUGAACAACCCCGGGGUGGACGACAGAGGAGUAGAGUGUGAGAGGAUACAGUGGAUCACAGGUCAGGCGGCAAUUAGAGGAAUGGUUGGGGAAGGAAGGAGGCUGGCAGGGGGCCUGUUAGGUCCGUACCGACAGGAUAUGAUUGGACGCUGCGACCGCGCGGAGGGUCUGAUGACAGCUUUGGCUGACAUGGCCGGCAGGGGUGAGGCUGAGGCUCCUCAUGCACGAGCUACAGCUGCUCAGCUGCAGGAUACCCUCAAGGAUUUGAGGCAACACAUGCAAGAGGUCAUGACCCAGGAGGUCUCUGAUGUUUUCAGCGACACCACCACCCCUGUCAAGCUGCUGGCCGUGGCUGCCACCGCCCCACCCGACGCCCCCAACAGAGGCGAGGUUUUCGAGGAGCGCGCUGGAAACUUCGAGACCCAUGCAGGGAGGCUGGGAGCAACCGCAGAGAAAGCCGCAGCGGUGGGAACAGCCAAUAGGAGCACAGUGGAGGGGAUCCACGCUGCUGUGAAACACGCCAGGGAGCUCACGCCACAGGUGACCUCUGCUGCUCGCAUCCUGCUGAAGAAUCCUGGAAACAAAGCAGCCUAUGAGCACUUCGACACCAUGAAGAACCAGUGGAUCGACAACGUGGAGAGACUCACUGGCCUCGUGGAUGAAGCCAUUGACACCAAAUCUCUGCUGGAUGCUUCUGAGGAGGCUAUAAAGAAAGAUAUCGACAAGUGCCGGGUUGCCAUGGCGAAUGUUCAGCCCCAAAUGCUUGUUGCCGGGGCAACAAGCAUUGCAAGACGAGCUAAUCGGGUGCUGUUGGUAGCCAAGAGGGAAGUUGAAAACUCCGAAGACCCCCGGUUCAGAGACACUGUGAAGCACGCCUCAGAUAUUCUCUCACACACCAUCUCGCCCAUGGUGAUGGACGCAAAGGCCGUGGCUGGAAACAUCCAGGAUAAAGCUCUGCAGAAAGCGUAUUUGGACUCUUGUCUGAGGAUCCUCGCUGCAGUGGGAAAAGUUAGAGAAGCCUUCCAGCCUCAGGAGCCGGACUUCCCACCUCCACCGCCUGACCUGGACCAGCUUCAUGUUAGUGAUGAGCAGGCGCCACCUAAGCCCCCCCUGCCAGAAGGAGAGGUCCCUCCUCCUCGGCCUCCUCCCCCAGAGGAGAAGGACGAGGAGUUCCCGGAGCAGAAGGCUGGCGAGGUGGUCAGUGAACCCAUGAUGGUGGCGGCCAGGCAGCUGCACGACGAGGCACGCAAGUGGUCCAGCAAGCCUGAGGAGGAGGAGGCAGUAGAGGAGAGGGAGGUAGAUGAUGAAGAUGAGUUUACUGAUGGUGAGGAUGACUAUGAGCCAGAGCUGCUGAUGAUGCCCUCCAACCAGCCUGUCAAUCAACCCAUUCUGGCAGCUGCCCAGUCUCUCCACCAGGAGGCGCGCAAGUGGUCCAGCAAGGGCAACGAUAUCAUCGCGGCAGCCAAGCGGAUGGCCCUGCUGAUGGCCGAAAUGUCCCGGCUGGUGCGCGGCGGGAGCGGCAACAAGCGAGCGCUGAUCCAGUGUGCCAAGGACAUCGCCAAGGCCUCGGACGAGGUGACGAGGCUGGCCAAGGAGGUGGCCAAGCAGUGCACCGACAGGCGCAUCAGGACGAACCUGCUGCAGGUCUGCGAAAGAAUCCCAACCAUCAGCACGCAGCUGAAGAUUCUGUCCACCGUCAAAGCCACCAUGUUGGGACGGACAAACAUCAGCGAGGAGGAGUCAGAACAGGCCACGGAGAUGUUGGUCCAUAACGCCCAGAAUCUGAUGCAGUCGGUGAAGGAGACCGUCAGAGAAGCAGAAGCAGCCUCCAUCAAGAUUCGCACAGAUGCAGGGUUCACCCUCCGCUGGGUGCGCAAAACCCCCUGGUACCAAUAAGCUGAGGAGAAUCCUUGAAUUACACCCUUAACUUUGCAUUAACAGCACAAAACUUAAGUGAAGUAUGAACGUGUGUGUGCUUGUUACGGCGGAGCACGUGCGCUUCAAGAGGAAACUGCAGGUUUUGAGCCUUUCUUCACUGUAGUUCGGCUGCGUGCCGACCUGGCGACGUCCGGGUUUCAUUUAUCGGAGUGACUUCAGCUUUGCUCUCCUGCUCCCUUUACCUGAACCUGUGGAACCACGCAGGCUUAUCGGAGACAGUUUUUAAUAUAUAUUUUUGGUAUGUUGAGUUGCAAGAAUCGAUCAGAAUCCCAGGUAUAUAUUUUUUGCAUGAAAAUUUUUUCUAUUUUCUAAAAGCAAAUUAUGACAUUAAGCUACAAAGCUUUGAGAGGUUGUUUACUUUUCAUUCUGUUAAUGUACUAAGUUUCAUGUUGUCUGUUGUAUAUACAAGAAUUAUUUGUUUUAUGGACAACACACUGAUUUUGACACUAAAGGGUGAAGCCGUGUCUGAGCAGACGGACUCACCUCUCCUCAUGUUUACUUUCAGUAACAACAUUGUUCUUAACUAAAGAUCUACGAAUUCAAAGACGAUACAUGAUCUCUGCAGUCGGGGGAAUGUUUAUACUUGAAGAACUACAAUGUCUUCUGGACACAAUUAUUGUUUUUGACGGUAUAAUUGUGUGUCAAGUAUGGUUGUCCAUCACACAGCUGUGUUUCUCAUGGUUGUCGCAAGGCCGGUCAUUACCGCGUUACAGCGUUGAGGUGAGGUGAUACAUUUUCAUUUUAUUCAACUCUCGCCGCGAGCAAUGCCAAAGGAUUUGUUUUUCACUACUAUAAGCUUCUUUUAACACUCAGAUGUCAAGCUGUUACGAACACCACACUUCAUUUUCUGUCGAGACCCCAGAGUACAGCGGUGGUCCUUAUAUGUCUCACAAACUAUGUGAUUUUGCUUUGCGUUUUUUUUUUUUUUUUUGUCGAAACACAGUGCUUUUGUGUUCGCACGCUCUACGACAGUUGAACUGUUUGGGAUAUUUUUUUCCAAAAGCGAUCAAUGUCUUGGACAUCAUGUCUGUAUCUUCUCCCCAUAUGUGAGCUCAGUCUGAGUGACACACACACACACACACACACACACACCAUCAUUUAAAACAAGUUUUUAAAGAAAUGACCCAGGUGGUUCAAGAAAAAAAAAAGUGACACCAGGUAUUAAUUCCCUUCUAGAUUGUUGUAUGCUUGAUUAUUUGUAACUGAAGUUUUUAAUACGUGUUUCUUUGUAGAUGAAGUUAAAGGAAUAAAGUCUGGUAACUUGCCAUCACAUGCAAUCUGUAUAAGGCAUAAUUUUAUUCCCUAAACGACAAGUCGUCUCAGUUUUUACACUGACUCGGCAAAUGUCACUGUUAAAAUGAGGAGGAGCACUCUAACAGUAUUAGAACCUCGCUGACAGUAAGCGGCGGGAGUUCCUCGUGGCGCUUCGGGACGCGGCUCGAAAACGCAGCACAGAUUGUCGAAUGCAUCUAUGAGUAUGUAGCAGUCACUGAAACCUCACUGAGACCCACAGGGUGUAGAUGUGUGUGUACUUGACGUGUUUAUUCACACCCUGAAUGUAUUCUGAUAGCUUCUAGCCCUGCCAACACAUCUGCUGUGCCUUGGAAGAAUAAACUCUUGUAAUGAAGACC